AUGACUCAGAAUAAUGCAGAUGAUGAAUUCUUCGAUGCUGAAGAUUUUGAUCAAUAUUAUGCUGGUAUUCAACGAGAUUUAAUGCGAAGCUGGAAUAAUCUUUGUCGACAACAAUUUGGUCGAACAAAACUUCCCGUACCAAUGUUCGACCGUUCACAAAUUAGUAUUUGGAGUAUAUUAAAACAAUGCAUUGGAAAAGAAUUAUCAAAAAUUACAAUGCCUAUUGUAUGGAAUGAACCAGUUUCAUUUCUUCAACGUUUUACAGAAAAUGCUCUUUAUUCAUAUUUACUUGAUCGUGCAGAUGAAUGUAAUGAUCCAAUCAUGAGAAUGCAAUAUGUCGCAGCAUUUGCUGUUUCAUCUAUAUCGAAUAAUUGUGAUCGUUUAUCAAAACCAUUUAAUCCAUUACUUGGUGAAACAUAUGAAUUUGUUCGAGAUGAUUUACCAUUUCGUUAUAUGAGUGAGCAAGUAAGCCAUCAUCCACCAGUUAGUGCAUUUACAUGUGAAUCAAAAGAUAAUGGUAAUCGAUGGAGAUUCUAUGGAAGUAUUCUACCAAAAGCAAAAUUUUCUGUUAAAAAUAUGGAAGUUAAUCCAAAAGGUUUAUUAACACUUGAACUUAAACGGUAUUAA